AUGUGGUCGAAUGGCGGUGGUGGACCACGAGAUGUCACCGCACCCCCACCGGAUACUACGAUUUCGGUGGCAGGAAUGGUGCCACCGAUUAUAGUUUCUGAGAUGCAACAGCUGAUUGACGAGAUGCGUAAGUUGCAGAUAUAUUUUGCAUUUCGUAGAAUCCAUAGUUUCAGGAUUGCAAGACUUUGACUCUAUCCGAUUCGCAACGUAUCGAGCAGCGUGCAAGCUCCGGUUCAUACAGCAAAAGACUAAAGUUCACUUAGUUGACAUUUGGAACAUGAUAGAAGCUUUUCGAGAAAACGGUCUCAAUGCGCUGCCACUCCAUACUGUGGUAGAAAUUGGAAUCCUUCAAUUUUUCAAAUUAUACUGUUUUAGAUCAAAACAUCACGUGCCGAGCUUCUUUUGACUACAGUAUACCAUAACUUGAACAAAAGGCUUGUGGCUUCACAACACGUUGAUACUGAUGUUUCAAUAUCCUUGCUUCUCGCAUUCCUCUUAGGCGCCUACGAUAAGUACGGUAUAUUUCCGUUUUUCUCAUUCGAACGCAUUUUUUCAGGCAGAAUACUGGAAGACUCACUGUAUUCUCCAUUAAAGUUGGUUUGGCAACUCUAUGUGCCGGAAAGCUUGUUGAUAAGUUGAGAUGUACGCCUGCGCGGAAUUCGUCUCCUGUGUAACUUUUACUUUCAAUACUUUCAGACAUCUUCUCCCAAAUCGCCGAUUCGAAUGGUCUUAUGGACCACAUCAAGUUCAUGGACUUUCUUCAGCAAGUUUUGGCCCUGACAACUGCUGUAUUCGAAGCACCAACUUUUGGGUUUUCGGAAAGCGCAGUGAAUCAAUGUUUUCGAAAAGAAGAGAAGGUCACUCUGAACGGGUUCCUGGAUACUUUCCUAAGUGACCCUUGUCCUCCCUGUAUCAUGUGGUUGCCUCUUCUCCACAGGAUGGCUGCUGUUAACAAUGUUUAUCACCCAAUCGUUUGUGAUGCCUGCCAAGUUCGGAGUUUCACCGGAUUUCGUUAUAAAUGCCAGAGAUGUGCGAACUAUCAGUUGUGCCAAAGUUGUUUCUGGAGAGGAAGAACUAGUCAGAAUCAUUCAAAUGAGCAUGAGAUGAAAGAGUAUUCCAGCUACGUAAGAUCUAUUAUAUUUUCAGUUUUUUCAACUGAAGUUCCAGAAAUCCCCCACUAAACAGCUUGUUCAUUCUAUACACAAAAGCUUGCAAUGCAUCCCGGCAACAUCGACUGGAGAGGGAAACAUUGAUAUGAUAAACACGAUGGGACCAGCAGUGAAACCACCGAGACCUUUAAAUCUGAAUAAUAUAGUUCCUGCCACACCGACUACUAUCAGAAGGCAGCAUGCUGCCACGUCAUCAGCUGAUUGGCCUACAUCUCCAGUUCUUCUGCCAGGACAGGCGUCUCAUGGCGGAAUAAUCGAUGAUGAACAUAAACUCAUUGCGAGAUAUGCAGCGAAACUUUCCGGAAGAGCUGAUGUGAGUUUUUUUGCGCUAAUGCCGGGCUUCCACAGUUGCGCUUACUGCGGUGGGACGUGCGGAGAUACUGUAGAGAGCCUAAAAUUCAAAUCCACCUUACUAUAACCUUACUAAUAUAUUACAGUACCCACUUUCCAAUGGUCGAAAUAUGAACAGCUCGAUUGAAGACGAAAGAACUUUGAUUGCUCAAUUGGAAGAGGAAAAUUCGAUGAUGAUGCGAGAAAUGGCUCGAUUAGAAAGUCAAACCACUUCCGAUGAUGGGCUAGCAGGAUUACGAGACCGGAAAAUGGAAUUAGAAGAGAAGAUGUUCGAGAUGCAACAGAGACGGAGAGAACUAAUGAUGCAGCUGGAGCAUCUCAUGGCUCAAUUAAAUGUAAGAUUGCGUUUCGAAAAAUAAAACUGAAAAUAAAUGCAUUCAGACCGCUCCGAACCCGGCAGGAGGUGUCUCCUCGGCUUCACUGUCUCAGCUUCCGUUUAUUUCGGAUCAACAGUUAACCGGAGUUAACUCGAAUGUUUCCAAUGCAUUCCGAGCUGGAAGUCUUCCCGCGACAAGUCUACAAGGCGAUCUUCUGAGCGCUGCUGAUCAGAUUACAACCAACAUGAGCGAUCUUGUAAGACAGCUUGAUCUUGGUAUGUUUUUUUUCUUGUAUUCACCAUCACGGACGGCUUCCAGCAAAUGCGGAUGACAACGGCGUCACCAUCAACGGAUUUUAG